AUUCAAGUUGGAGGAAAAUUUCAUUGGUGGGAAAAGAGAUCAAGAAGAACAAAAACUGCAAAUCCAAAUUUCCUUUGAGUGCUGUGUUGGUCCCAAGGAAGAAACAAACCCACUUUUCCUGAAUCGCCAUUUUUGACAAAUCCAUUAAGCUUCUAACACCCAGAAAGGUUGUUGUCUAGCUAAAUAAUAUGUCAGAGAUAUUGUUAGGAGCUCACACAGUAAAAUCCCAUGGGCUCAAAGUGGCAAGAACACACAUGCAUGACUGGAUAAUGCUUCUACUUCUUGUGGUGAUUGAUGCCCUUUUGAAUUUCAUAGAACCUUUUCACCGUUUCGUCGGAGAGGGAAUGAUGACAGAUUUGAAGUAUCCAUUCCAUCAAGAUACAAUACCUUUCUGGAUUGUUGGUAUUGUAGUGAUAUUGUUGCCGUUGAUUGUCUUUCUUAUAUACUACCUUUUCAGAAAGGAUGUUUAUGAUUUGCACCAUGCGACAAUGGGCCUUCUGUUUUCUGUUCUGAUAACUGGAGUUAUAACUGAUUCAAUCAAAGAUGCUGUUGGUAGACCAAGGCCAAACUUCUUUUUCCGGUGUUUCCCUGAUGGAAAAGCUGUUUUUAACAAUGUCACAGGAAACGUUGUUUGUCAUGGACAUGUGAACGACAUAAAGGAAGGAUACAAAAGUUUUCCUAGUGGACAUACUUCCUGGUCCUUUGCUGGUCUUACUUUUCUAGCAUGGUAUAUGUCAGGAAAAAUUAGAGCCUUUGACCGCAGAGGCCAUGUUGCUAAACUCUGUAUUUUGUUCCUCCCCAUAAUGAUGGCUGCUCUUGUGGGCAUUUCUCGUGUUGAUGACUACUGGCAUCACUGGACCGAUGUCUUUACUGGAGCUCUCAUAGGAUCAACUGUGGCUUCCUUCUGUUACUUACAGGCCUUUCCUUUCCCAAAUCGUGAAGAUGGUUGGGCGCCUCAUGUCUAUUUUGAAGUAUUGGCUGACCAGAAUUCUGCUCAAUCUGCUCCUAGAUCCUUCUCUAUUCAGAUGAGGCGACGAGAUGCUGAAACUGGAAUGUUAAUGGGACCAGAAAAUGACUCUAUAGGACCUAAUUCCCAAGAUACAAGCCCCACUAUUGAAGGAAUGGAAGCUGGAAAAAGAUAUUAAUUAUAUCAUAUAGUUCUAUAUAUGUCCAUUAGGCACAGCCAUUGAUAUUACAUAGUGAUGUGCUUAUCUGAAAGAUUGAAUGAUAGUUACUACCUGUAGAUGUCAUGGCAUCUAACUAGUUCAGUUUAAUGUUUUCUUGUUUCCUUUAAAUCAUAUAUAGAAUCCUUCUUGGCUUAUCGUAAUAUGUAAAUAAUGCUGUAUUAUUUAU